UGUUUAUUCACCACUUUGUUUUUACCGGUAGACAUCUGUUCCGAAUAAUCUAGGCAGUUUUUCACUCAUGACCACGUCAAAAUUACGAUUUUCAAGCUAUAAAUAAGUUUCGCCUCACAAUUAUUUUUUAUGAACUAAAAAUUUUAUCCUUCUCAAUCGUUUUCUUCCUUUGACAUUAAAAUCAUACAGUUCUGAUUUUUCAAGUGAAUCUGUGACAGUGAAAAAUAGUUGAUAAUGGCGUCGGAUACUCAAGAAAUCAAUGAACAUGAGUUUGCAGCCACACAGCUGCUUAGUUCAACAAAGGUCCAAAGGGAUCAGAAACCUAUAGCUGAGUUAACCAUAGAAGAAACAAUGUACACGGUAUUCCCUGGGAUCACAACAAUAGGAAGAGAUCCUGAGUGCGACAUAGCAAUCAGAGAUGGGUCUGUAUCAAGAAAACACGCACAAAUUGAAGCAAAAUCUGAUGGUGCAGUAAUAUUUCUCAAAGACUUGGAAUCAUGCAAUAAAACACGUAUAAAUAACUUCUCUUUGAGAGCUCUGUCUAAUUAUCAAAUCAAAGACGGUGAUCGGAUAAUUUUCGGUGAUACAGUAGGAAUUUUUAAGCUGUAUAAAAAACCGGCACACCAAAAUUCCGUCGAAGAUUUUAACCUUAGGUCCAUAAUGGUACGUAAAAAAAAAGUAUUAAUUUAAUUUUUUUUAACACUACUAAAAAAUUCCCUAUUGCUUAAGGUAUUAUUAUUAUUAU